AUGCCGUUCCGUGUAGCUGUGGUUGGGGGCGGAGGUUCUGGUCUGGCCUGCGUCAAGUGCUGUUUGGAUGAAGGACUGGAGCCUGUGUGUUUUGAGACUAGUGAUGAUAUUGGAGGUCUUUGGCGGUUUAAGGAGAACCCAGAGCCGGACAGAGCCAGCAUCUACCACUCUGUCAUCAUCAACACCUCCAAGGAGAUGAUGUGCUUCAGUGACUAUCCCAUUCCUGCUCACUUCCCAAACUUCAUGCACAACUCUCUCAUCAUGGACUACUUCCGCAUGUACGCUGACCACUUCCAGCUGAUCAAGCACAUCCGCUUCAAUACCCAAGUCCUUCAGGUGACCCAAAGACCAGACUUCACUCAUUCUGGUCAGUGGGAUGUAGAGACGGAAUCAAAAGAAGGAAGAAGGGAGACGCAUGUAUUUGAUGCUGUGAUGAUUUGUAUUGGUCAUCACUGUCACCCCAACCUACCUCUGAAUGACUUCCCAGGAAUCGAAAGUUUCAAAGGAAAGUAUUUCCACAGUCGGGACUAUAAGACUCCAGAAGAGUGGAGGAAUAAAAAGGUUGUGGUAGUCGGAAUAGGAAACUCUGGAGGAGACAUCGCCGUGGAACUGAGCACAGUCACCAAGCAGGUGUAUCUGAGUACAAGACGAGGAGCAUGGAUCGUCCACCGGGUUUCUGAACACGGUCUUCCAUUUGACAUGCUGAAAAACAAGGUGACACAAUUCCAAAGGAAGGUUCUUCCCUUUGGUUUGCUCUGCAGCAUCUUAGAGAGAAGACUCAAUCGUAGAUUCAAUCACAAGCUGUAUAACCUGGAGCCAAAGCACAGAGUGUUCAGCCAGCAUCCUACUGCAAAUGACGAACUUCCUAACCGAAUCCUGUCUGGGACAGUUCAAGUGAAACCCAACAUCCAUAAAUUUCAAGGGUCCCAGGUGGAGUUCGAAGAUGGCAGUCGCGUUGAAGGCAUUGACCUUGUGGUUUUUGCGACAGGGUACAAGUUCUCUUUUCCUUUCCUGGCCUCAAACAUUGUCUCGGUGACUGACAACAAAGUCUCUCUGUACAAGUCUGUGUUCCCUCCUGAGCUUGUUCGACCCACCCUGGCCAUUAUUGGUCUGGUGCAACCUCUUGGGGCAAUCAUGCCUAUCUCUGAGAUGCAGGCCAGAUGGGCCACCCAGGUCUUCAAAGGGUCCAAAAAGCUACCCUCUCAUUCUGUGAUGAUGCAGGAUAUCAAGAGCAAAUGGAAUGCAAUGUCUAAAAGGUAUGUCACUAGUCAAAGACACACCAUCCAAGUGGACUAUGCCAGCUACAUGGAUGAAGUGGCAGAUGAGAUCGGAGUCCGACCCAGGAUUAUCCAUCUGCUCCUUACUGAUCUUCACCUUGGGUUGAAUCUUAUGUUUGGUCCACCCACACCAUACCAGUAUCGCCUCACAGGGCCAGGAAAGUGGGCAGGUGCCCGCCAAGCCAUUCUUACACAGUGGCAGAGAGUUGCUAAACCCAUGCAGACCAGGGCUUGUGACGACCACGGGCGAACGAGCGUGGACGGGCUGCUGGGUUCACACAACCCAGAAGACUGA